AUGGCUGAUAAAACUGUGAAGAAUAUUAUAAGCUUGCAGGCCGUGGUGGACAAGAGGAGCAACAAAAUUAUCUUCGUAGAGUCUGAUAAAGAUUUUAUUGAUGUUCUCUUGAGUUUCUUGACAAUACUAAUGGGAGCAAUUGUCAAGCGUGACACUAAACAUUUAGUAUCACGUUGCAUGAAUAAUUUGUCUGCCAGUGUUUGGGGACUUUUCCAGACUGAAGCAUGUAAAGAGAUGUUGCUAUGUCCCCACAAUGGGGCUGAAUCUCAUUCUGAAAACCUCAAACUGAAAAUUGACAAUGAUGAGCCGACAAGAUGCAUGAAUGUGAAGUGCCCACUUUCAGUUUCAUCCUCUGUUGAGCAAGAUGGGGGCAUCUUUGUAAAAGAAUCAGCUAGGUUCAUAGUGAGUGUUGAUUUACGUAUGAUGUCCCCGUUAUCGGUGGCAAGCGAUCCCGUGUUUACAAAGCUUGGAGCCAUGAAUGAGAAUAGCACUACUGAACAAAGGACUUUGAAUAUAGGAGCUCAUGAGGUUUUGAACUUGCUUCUGCGCUCAUUAGUAUCAAAGAAACCUCUGUCUGAAAUUUUGCUGAAACUUGAUCCUGUACCAAUUCCAAAUCCGAAUUUGAGCCUUGAUCAACUAAUAUUGACAAGUAUUGAAUCUCUACUACUUGGAGACAUAAUGAAUGAGGAGGAAGAAGAAAGGAUUGUUGUUAAGCUGACAGUUAGCGUCUCAAAGGAUAUUGUUUGUUAUCCCGAAGCAGGGGAGGAUUUUGCUAAUUUGCUCCUCAGUUUUUUGACUGUUCCACUUGGUUUCAUAGUAAAGUAUAUGAGGGAUGCCUCUUUCAAAGGGUGCAUUGAUCAGUUGCACAAAUGUGUCAAAGAUCUUGAUGAGCAGCACUUGAAGUCAAAUUACCACAGGGAAAUUCUACUGAGUCCUUAG